AUGUAUAGCCGAAGCGAGUACCGAAGAAUGGCGGAAACGAAAGCCAGGGUUGCAGAACAACUUGCAUUAGCCCACGCAUCCGCGGAGGCGAGGCGGAUCCGAGCGGAGAAUCCUGGAAGUGUUAGUCUUGAAAUCAACACCACCUCGCCGGCUCUGGACGUCCCUAACACUCCGGCUGUCCCACCCUCCGUCAAAUUCGCGAAGGGCCACACGACGGAGAGUAUAAAUAAAAAAACCAAUCAGAGCAAGAUGGCUGUCUACAAUGACCCUAUAGACGGUUCUUCAUCGAAGCGUAAAGCCAAUGGCCACGACGACGCUCCGGCGCCUAAGAAGGCCAACACUAGUACUUGGGUACCUCGGGCUCCUGGGCAACGUUACCAGGGUACCGCCAGACAGGCACCAGAAUCACGCCCAAGCACGAUCCUAAAGACCAAGUCGGUGACGCAGCAGAAAGCUCGGAGAAAUGACGCAAUGGAGCUAGAUGUCCAUUCAACUUUGGGAAGAAAGAGAGGUGCUGAGAAUAACUUGAACGAGAGCGCUACUAAGAAGCAGAAACUGAAUGCCCAUCCGUCAUCGAAUGCCCCCCUGUCAUCGAAUCCCGUGCUUGCACAAAGUUCAAAGGCUGGACAGGCAAUGCCAGAAGCACCGUCAUCAGCCGAAGCAGCCUCAACUGCGAACUUCUUCGACUCUCUUUACCCCAAGGACUCAAAAGUCAAAGCAAGUGCUGGUCGUGCUGUUCAUACGACAGAGAUUGUAAGAACCGUAGUCCCACCGACUGCCGUCCAGACGCGACGUGUUGUGCAAACUGCCCCCACUAAGGCAACACCGGCGGUGAAGAAACCAAAAUCACCAACACCGCCAAAGUCGCACAAGAAGGAUGGGAAAGGUCCCGUUGCGAAGAACACCGCUGUCAUCAAGACGUCCCGGAACGAAGAACUAGGGAAGUUGCCCACAUCGGGAGCCACACCGCAAAGGGGCAUUGGUCCCAAAGAGACAACCGCAAGUCGCAAGGGGAUCUCUAGGACGAGAAUACAGACGGGGUUCGAUUAUGAGUCUCCCUCGGCAGAGCAGGUCGCUAAAGCAGCUCCAUUGCCCAAGUCUGAUGGGGAGCUUAUAGAAAACGGGUUGGAGAAGCAGUCCGUCAAGGUCUCCCGUCAGAUCCCACCAGUGAGCCACAAGGGCCAUAAUGCUUCCACAGAGGGGACUGAGAAGUCAUUGAAGAGGAAGAAGGACACAACAUUCGAGGAGGGCAACACGCACAAGAAGCUUAGGGAAGGUGACGGAAGCGCAACGCAUGGCAAAGAACAUGCCCGGGGGAAGGCAGAGCCAUCCGUCAAGGAGAUCGCCGAGCCAGAGUCAACUCCAGUGGCCAAGGUACGAAGAAACCAGACUCAGAAGCUUCAGAGCCAUGCACGCAAGGCGGGGAACUCGGUCGAUAACUCAAAGACCGAAACAACACAUCAAAACUCGGGGAAGAAGUCACCUUCCGCUGGUAUUUCCGAUCACACAUCGUCAGCGAACCGGACACUUGCCAAGGAGGGCAAGAAAACCUCAUCGAACAAGGACAAGAACACUGAGUCUCGUAAGGAUGCCAAACCCUCUGUUGUUGGGUAUGCUAACCCAAAUGCCAAGAAAGAAGAUUCAGAAGCUAGAGGAGCGGAACCUCGGGGCAUAUAUAACGGAGCAAUGGCCUGCUACAUCAACUCCGUGUUGCAGGCAAUCGCCAACAUUCCUAGGAUGGCCGACCACUAUCGGGGUUUGGCCAACCAAGUAAUACCGGAAAUAGCGGAGUAUGUUGCUCUCAAUGCAGCGAACUGGCAGGGCGGUGACAAUAAAAAUAAAUAUAAAUCAAAGGCGAAGGGGAAACUGAGGGUACUCCUCGAGAGGAACAAGUCGAAGAUUUGCUUGGGCGCUUACCUCGGAGUCCUGCUCAACGAGAUGCUGGACCCGGACCCAUUGGCAGAGGCACCGUCUUCAUACGUGUUUAGGCAGGCAUGUGGAGUCCUUUUGGCGAACGACAAAGGCGAGCGAUACGAUGGAGAAGAUCAACAAGAAUGUAUGGAGUACUUCGAGAAGCUCCUUGAUCAUCUCGACAUCGAAGAAGUGGACGGGCGAACCGAAAACUUCGAGGCCCCCUCUCUGGUACAAGAGCUCUUCGGCCUCGAGGCCAUCACAAAGAUCCAGUGCCGGUCCUGUGGCCAUGCUUGGGACUCCUGUGUUGAGAAGAAGUUUGCCUUCACCACAAGUAUGCCUAGCACCAAAAACUUGCCUGAUCGCGAAAGCAGGGUAUGCAUCACAGAAUGCCUGGAUGCGUACUCUAUUCCAGACAGUGUCGACGUUCACUGCAAUGGCUGUGGUGAAACAAGCAGAGCCUCGAAGUGGAUGCAGCUCAAAGAUUUGAGCCCUUACGUCUUGGUCAACCUCAAUCGUGUAGUGGUCCAUGGAAGUGAGAACCAGAUGGAGGCCACCUUCACGCGGAAUCCGGACACCGUCAGUCUACCACUUUCGGAGGGUGUGACGAUGAAGGAUGGGGUAGAAGACGUUCAGUACGAGGCCAUCGGUACCAUCAAACACAGGGGCAUAGACUUCUCCGGUGGCCAUUGGACAUCUUGGAUGAAGAUUGAUGGUCAAUGGUGGUGUUUUGACGAUGACCACGUCGCCAAAAAGGAAUCCAAACGUGGACAUCCGGUCACCUGCAUGGUCGUCCUGAAGAGGUCUGCAUGA